AUGCGUCUGUCGGUCGAUGCUAUUGCACCCGAGUUCUCCAGCGCCAACAGUGUCGCAUUAAUUUCGCGUGUCAGAGUCUUUACCGGGUCGGUUCCACAUGGGACAUAAAACUGACGCUCUUCUAGUAGGUUUUCGGCCUACGGUCUGGCAAAAUGGCUGUUUCGGCGCCUCAAAUUUCUGACCACUGGUUCGGACACCAUCGUCUGUUCGCCAACACAAUUCCUGGAGAAGCUUAAAGAAGUAAGUCUCUUGUCAAAUGAAGUCCUGGUUUCUUUUGAUGUCAUGUCCCUCUUUACUUCUAUCCCCCAGGAUCUGGUAAUCGAAAUCGUCAAGCUACUCCUACGAAGCAAAAUCAAUGAAUCGGAGAAUCUUCUCAGACAUGCCCAAGUCCUUCAGCUCCUAAACUUCUGUUUCAGGACGUACUUCAAGUUUGACGGAACAAUGUACGAGCAAGUGAAGGGAACACCAAUGGGCUCGCCGAUUCUGGGAUUCAUCGCCGAGUCGGUCCUAUAG